CGCAGCUCCUUUAUCGCCCGUCGAAAACAGGCCUAGAUUCCUCCUCCUUGCACUAUUUAAAAGGGCUAUAUUUACCACCCCCAUAUGCCUAGUAGUUUUCUGAUUCUCCUCACCGAACACCUCCGUGGCCCUUUUAAGGAAGGCUUUGCUGGACACCGGGUCAUAUGACCGGGGGGGGGAAGAAGAAGAAGAGGAGGAGGAGUUAUUCACGCAUGCGCGCUUUUCAUUCCAAGUCUUUCCCGCCAGCCUUCGGAAGACCGAGUUCUGGGUUAAUCUGAGAAGGAAGCAACUGGAAACGGAGGGGUGGGGGGUAAGCGGAAAAGAACGCUGCCUUGCCCUCGCGCCGCACGCGCCUUUUUCUCCCGUCCUCUCAUGAGGCGAAGUCGACUCCACUCUUCACUGUUACCUCUGGUUAAAUGAUGAAAAGUAGCAAAGAACCAUAUUUGGUGAAGUUUAUAAAGUCUACAGGAAACUCGGAAUUUUUCUUUCAGGCCCUUGAGUCCAUUAAAGAAUUUCAGUCAGAAGAAUCUCUCCAGAUUCUUGAAAGUGAAGCUGCUCUGAGAAUACAAGAGAAUGACAAAUCCCUUUAUAUUUGUGACCAGUUCAAUGGUAUUGUGUUUAAUCACCUUCAGAAGCUUGGUUGUAGAAUUGUUGGUCCACAAGUAGUUGUCUGCUGUAUGCAGAACCAGCGAUGUGUUCCAAGGGCUGACUAUCCAGUAUUUAAUAUGACAAUGGCUGAUGUAACGGUAUCGUGUACAAGUCUUCCAAAAGAAACGAGGGAAGAGGUCCACAAUUAUGUACAGAUGAUGGGUGGCCGUGUAUACAGAGAUCUUAAUGUUUCAGUAACACAUCUUAUAGCUGGAGAAGUUGGAAGCAAGAAAUACUUAGUUGCUGCUAAUUUAAAAAAACCCAUUUUGCUUCCGUCUUGGGUAAAAGCACUGUGGGACAAAUCUCAACACAGAAUGGUUAGAUACACAGACAUAAAUAUGGGAGACUUCCUAUGUCCUUUGUUUCUUGGCUGUACAAUCUGUGUAACUGGAUUAAGCAGCGUGGACCGGAAAGAGGUCCAGCGUCUCACUAUUCAGAAUGGUGGUCAUUAUACAGGGCAGCUCAAGAUGAACGAGUGUACCCAUCUUAUUGUUCAAGAGCCAAAAGGCCAGAAAUUUGAGUGUGCAAGAAGGUGGAAUGUCCACUGCAUUUCAAUACAGUGGUUUUUUGACAGCAUUGAAAAGGGAUUUUGCCAGGAUGAAUCUAUGUAUACAGUUGACCCUAAAUCAAAGCAAGGAAGUGCACCAAGCACAUCAACUCCGACUAGCCAAGCUACUGAGCCUGAUGGUCGAACACUCUCAGAUGUCAGCGACAUUUCAAACGUCAAUUUAAGUGGUGUUAAUGAAACCUCUUGUAACUCUGCUAUGAAUAGCAGACUGGAUCCUCCUUCAGACGAACUGAACAACUUGGAUAUCAGUUGUUUGCAAGCACCUGAAGACUUACUGGAUGGAUGCAGAAUUUACCUUUGUGGCUUUAGUGGCAGGAAAUUAGAUAAGAUGAGAAGACUUAUUAACUUUGGAGGUGGUGUUCGUUUUAAUCAACUCAAUGAAGAUGUGACGCAUGUCAUUGUGGGUGACUCUGAUGAUGACGAGCUAAAACAGUUUUUGAAGAAAACCGCACAGAGGCCAUAUGUUGUGACAGCAAAAUGGCUUUUGGAAUGCUUUAAAAAAGGUUAUUUCCUGCUUGAGGAUCAGUACAUUCCUGCAAACUACCAGCCAGUGAACACUCCCAUAUUAGAACAGCCUAUCUUUUCCAAAAGAAAUAGUCUCUCAAAGAAAGACACAGUGAAAACUGUGCAGGCUGCAGAAGCAGAUGAAGAUCUACUAUCUCAAUAUGUAACUAAUGAUUCCACACUAGUUGAUGCCAGUAACUACAAUGAUACUGAUCACACUGCCCUUCAAGAAGGAAAUGAGUUCAUUGCCAGCCAUAGUUCCUUGGCAGAGACUUCUACAGUUGUUGAAGGAGCAUUGUUCAGCAGAAAGAGGUUUCUCCUUCUGGGUUUUGGUAAAGAAGAUGAAUCCUGUAUAAGGCCUCUGAUUGAAGAGAAUGCUGGCAAGGUUCUGCCACAACAAAGUAAAGCAAUUGCUGACUAUGCUGUGGUUCCUCUACUUGGUUACAAGGUGGAAUCAACUGUAGGAGAUGUGGUUACAAAUACGUGGCUGGUGAUGUGUGUGGAACAGCAGUCCCUACUAGAUCCACAAUCAAGUCCACUUUUCACACCUGUACCGAUGAAGGAAGGAAACAACCCAUUACAACGAUGUGUGUUGUCUUUCAGCCAGUUUAGUGGGGCAGAGAGAGACUCUUUAGUGUACUUGGCAAAUUUGCUUGGGGCAAGAGUUCAGGAAUUCUUUGUGAGAAGAGCCAAUCCGAGGAAAGGAAUGCUUGUCAGCACCCACCUGGUGGUGAAAGAGCCAGAAGGUUCCAAGUAUGAAGCUGCCAAGAAGUGGAACCUUCCUGCUGUUACUAUGGCAUGGCUGCUGGAGUCUGCAAGGACAGGAAAGAAGGCUGACGAAAGCAAGUUCUUGAUUGGCAGUGUAUUUACUGAAGAGAUCUUCAUAAAUCAGCCAGAUGAAGCAAGGACAAAUUCUGCAUCUCCAAAUACAUGUGACCAGCCUAGCAGUCUCUUUGAAACUGGGAAAACAUCUGUGACACCUCUGGAUAUGAACCGGUUCCAGAGUAAAGCUUUCCAGAUGGUCAUUGCGCACCAUAUUGGUAACAAGCCAAGUCCUCCACAAGGCGGGAAACCAGUACAGAAAGAACCAUCCCUGCAUCUGGAUACACCAUCUAAAUUUUUAUCUAAAGACAAGCUCUUCAAACCUUCUUUUGAUGUAAAGGAUGCUUUAGCAGCUUUGGAAACUCCAGGGGACUGUAACCCACGAAAAAGAAAACUAAGUACUCCUCUGUCAGAAGUCAUUGGCAGGAACUUAAAAGUGGCUUUGGCAAACAGUGCUCGGCAAACGGCUGAUCUCACUGCAAGCCCUCAGUUGAAAGCUGCACCUCAACAAGUGGAGGAAGAGUCAAAGCCUCUAGCUGACGUUGUCAUGUGUGUGAGUAAGAAACUCAGUAAAAAGCAGAGUGAGCUGAAUGCUAUUGCUGCUUCCCUUGGAGCGGAUUACAGGUGGUGCUUUGAUGAAACUGUAACUCAUUUCAUCUACCAUGGAAGGCAAAAUGAUAACAAUCGGGAAUACAAAUCUGCUAAAGAAAGGGGCAUACACAUAGUGUCGGAACACUGGCUUUUGGAGAGUGCACAAGAAUAUAAACGGCUGCCUGAAUCUUUCUAUCCGCAUACAUAUAACCCUAAAAUGAGUUUGAAUAUUAGCGGAGUUCAAGAUGACAGACUCUCAGAUCGGCUUCACUCAGCUGAAAAAACAGGGAAGGAUGAUGAGAAAAUGUCACUGGAUGCUAGUGAUACAGAAGAUGUUACUAUUGAUCAAAUAAAUAAGGCAGUUGCUAUUGGAAAAGAGGAGAAUGCAUCAAAGGGAGUUUUAACGCAGACACUGGCAAUGAGGGAGAACUUUCAGAGGCAAUUGCAAGAAAUCAUGACUGCAACAUCACUAGCUAAAUUGCAAGGACAAAGAAGUUCUUUGUCUAGGAAUGGUUUUGACAAUUCUCCGACAACUCCAGAUGGUCCUCGUUCUGUUCGCAAUGGCCGUAGUCGAGUCUUGGAAGCCCUAAGGCAGUCCCGUCAGGUAGCAAUGGAUGUCAACACGGAGCCAUCCCAGAGUGAACAGAUUAUUUGGGAUGACCCUACUGCACGAGAAGAGAGAGCAAGGCUUGCCAGUAAUCUUCAGUGGCCCAAUAGUCCUUCACAAUGUUCUGAACAAAUUCAGACUAACGCAAUAAACCCUGGAGACCUCUCACUUAGAAAAUCUUUGACUGAUACGGAAAUUGCUGAAAUGGAUGUUGAUGAUCCUGCAAAAACUGAUUUGGUUGAGGUCCCAAGGCUUCCAGGCUGUAGAAAUCCAGAAACCCCUGUCAAAGAUGACCGUCUGAUCCCAACUCCUUUGGCUCCUACCAUUGCCUUUCCACUGGCAAAUCCUCCUGUGGCUCCACAGCCAAAAGAAAAUGUCAUUAGAACAGCUCAAAUAACUGCUGAAGAACCAGAAAAAGAGCGCAGAUUCCAGCUGUCUUCUGUUCGCCCUCAGGCACGGAUUGAUUACUCCCAUAUGAUUGAAGAGCUAGGUGGGGUGGUACUUGAGAAGCAAUGCUUUGACCUGAGUUGUACACACACAAUUGUGGGACACCCUAUUGGCAAUGAGAAAUUCUUGGCAUCAAUGGCGGCUGGAAAGUGGGUGCUUCAUUGUUCCUACCUGGACGCAUGCAGAGCAGCACAGCGCUUUCUAGAGGAGGAAGACUUUGAAUGGGGAAGUAAUUCCAUACUCAGUGUUGUGUCUGAAAUCACUGAAGCCCAGAAGAAUUUAGCAGUUGCAGCCAUGAGAUGGAGGAAAAUAAUACAAAGACAGAGAAAGGAAACUGGCAUUACUGAGGGGGCAUUUAGUGGUUGGAAAGUUAUUUUGAAUGUUAACCCAGUGAAGGAAGCGGGCUUCAAACGUCUUCUGGAGUCAGGAGGAGCAAAGGUGCUGCCUGCUCAUUCUGUCUCUCUCUUUAGAGAAGCCACUCAUCUUUUUGCUGAUUUUAAUAAAUUGAAACCAGAGGAUGUAAGAGUUAAUAUAGGAGAGGCUUCAGCUCAAGGAGUGAACUGCCUGAAGCCAGAAUACAUUGCUGACUACCUUAUACAGGAACAACGACCUCAAAUGGAAAGUUAUCGUUUGCUGUUCUAAAGAUAAGCAGCCACUUCUGGCAACGUACAUGGUACUGGAUUAUCUCAGAAACAAACAUCUGCUGAAGAAACACACCCAACAAAGCAAGACAGAAUGUGUUGUGACUACUUCUCUUAAAAAAAAUGUACUUUCAAUUUCUAUUUAUACUUUCUUUCAACAUAAAAAGGACAUUAAAUGUUUUUGUAGUA